AUGGCAUUAUCCAGCAACAACUCUGAAACUUCUGUCUCUGAAUUCCUCCUCAUUUGCUUCCCUAACUACCAGACCUGGCAGCAUUGGCUGUCCCUGCCCCUCAGCCUCCUCUUCAUCCUGGCCAUGGGGGCCAAUGCCACCCUUCUCAUCACCAUCAGGAUGGAGGCCUCUCUGCAUGAGCCCAUGUACUACCUGCUCAGCCUUCUCUCUCUGCUGGACAUUGUGCUCUGCCUCACUGUCAUACCUAAGGUCCUGGCCAUCUUCUGGUUUGACAACAAAUCCAUAAGCUUCUCUGCCUGCUUCCUCCAGAUGUUUGUCAUGAACAGUUUCCUGACGAUGGAGUCCUGCACCUUCAUGGUCAUGGCCUAUGACCGCUAUGUGGCCAUCUGCAAGCCUCUGCAGUACCCAUCCAUCAUCACUGACCAGUUUGUGGUUAGGGCUGCCAUUUUUGUUAGAAGCUGGAAUAUCCUUUUUGCUCUCCCUGUCUCCAUUCUUUCCACCAGACUAAAGUACUGUGCUCAGAACAGCAUCAAGAACUGCAUCUGUACCAAUCUGUCUGUGUCCAAACUCUCUUGUGAUGACAUUACCUUCAAUAAACUAUACCAGCUUAUAGCAGGAUACCUCAUCCUCAUUGUUCUCUCCUACUCUUUUAUAUUCAGUGUUGUGCUCUGGAUCAAAGCUGAGGGAGCUGUAGCCAAGGCCCUGAGCAUAUGUGGUUCCCACUUCAUCCUCAUCCUCUUCUUCAGCACAGUCUUGCUGGUGCUGGUCAUCACUAACAUGGCCAGGGAGAGGAUUGCCCCAGAUGUCCCUAUCCUGCUCAACAUCUUGCAUCACCUCAUCCCUCCAGCUCUGAACCCCAUUGUUUAUGGGGUAAGGACCAAAGAGAUCAAACAGGGAAUCUACAACUUGCUGAGGAGGUUGUAA